CCAGAAGAGCUGAGAAAGACUUAAGAGAAAGACAGAGCACCGUAACAGAGAGGACUUAAUCCAUCUGCUUCACCCCGAGUCCAUCUGCAGAAAGCUCAUCUGACUUUCCACAGACUUUGCUGCAGACAAAACUUUUAUUGGGAAAUACGAUGACCCUCAAUGUGACAAUGCGGCGCAGCAGCACGGCAGUGCAGAAUCAGCAACGUUGGAGCAUCCCGGCCGACGGAAAGAACAUUCAUGUCCAAAAAAAUCCCAAUGUCCACCUUAAUCGAAACUACACCAUAAACCACUCCAUGAGACCGGAGGAGUACUACAGACGCAGCUGGUCCUCGGACUCCUCAGACUCCGUCAUCUCCUCCGAAUCUGGCAAUACUUAUUACCGCGUGGUGCUCAUCGGGGAGCAUGGUGUCGGCAAGUCUACAUUGGCCAGCAUAUUCGCAGGUGUGCCAGAUACCCUGGACAGUGACCUACUGGGAGAGAAUACAUACGAAAGAACGCUGAUGGUGGACGGAGAAAGUGCCACACUGAUCUUGCUCGACAUGUGGGAGAAUAAGAGUCAGGACAACAUGAUCCAGGAUCACUGCAUGCAAGUGGGAGAUGCCUACUUAAUCGUAUAUUCCAUCACAGACAGAGCCAGCUUUGAAAAAGCCUCAGAGCUGCGUAUACAGCUGCGCCGGGCACGACAGACAGAAGACAUUCCCAUCAUACUCGUAGGCAACAAGAGUGACCUGGUUCGAUGCAGAGAAGUCUCCAUAUCAGAGGGAAGGGCCUGCGCUGUGGUCUUUGACUGCAAGUUCAUCGAGACGUCGGCCGCUGUCCAGCACAAUGUGAAAGAAUUGUUUGAAGGAAUUGUAAGGCAGGUGCGUCUAAGGAGGGACAGUAAGGAGAAGAAUGAAAAGAGACUGGCAUUUCAGAAAAGGAGGGAAAGUAUCCCGAAGAAAGCCAGAAGAUUCUGGGGGAAGAUCGUGGCCAAGAAAAACAAAAGCAUGGCUUUCAAGCUAAAGUCCAAAUCUUGCCAUGACCUUUCUGUACUAUAAACCUUGCAGGCUCUCCACCACCUGCAGACUAUGUUCUCUUGAUGGACGUCACUUGGCUAUUUUGGGAACUCUAAGCAAUCUAUAUUAGAUUGAAUAUUGCCACAAUUUAAUUGUGUUUUCCUCAGCCAUGGUGAUCUUUUUGAACUGUUUAUGAGAUCGACAUGAUUUUUUUUAUUCUUAAUAUUUAUAUGCAAUAAGGCCCCAUGUGCCUGAUUUAUACUUUUCUACACUACCUGUUCAUUUUUAGCUUUAUAUUGCCUUUUUUUUUUGCUCUGUAUGAGGUGGCGGUUUCCAACCUGUGAGUCUCGAGUGGUUGUGGAAUUACAACUCCCACCAUGCUCUGACAACUACAAGCUGUAGCUUCACAGUUACUGGAGAGCCACAGGUUGGGAGCCACUUGUGUAACUUACAACAUUUCUUGACUGCAUUUGAUAGAGUUUUUAUGUUAGCAGCAUAAGACGGCAUAGUAUAACGGGCGUGUACAUGAUACUAAAUACAUUUGUAGCCAAAACAUGAUUAUUUUGUGAGUUGAAAAAAAGGAGUAUGGGAGGUUUUAAAUAAGUAUAUUGUAAGCUAGAUGCCCAAAAAUACUGCAAUUUUUGCAAUUUUUUUUAUUUUUGCUAAAAAAUUGCCCCAUUGCCCCAUUGCCCAUGAUUAGCUGACCAGGACUGAACUUUGUAAAGGGUCAGAUAUGCAAUAUGAUCAGACAGGACUCUGAAACUGUCCAAAACAGCCUUGGACAGUCCGGUGAUAUGACUUUAUGGGAUUUUCUUGGAUAAGAAACUUCUUGUAAAAUCUUAAAAUUUUCAUAGAUCAUUCAGCAUUAUGUUUUUUUUUUUCUCCAAAGUGCCUUACAUUAAAACCAUGACAUGGCUGCCUACCAAAGAAGAGAUUAUGCUUUUUUUUUUUUUUUUUUUGACGGAUCACAUUGGAAUAUAUUUAGACUAUGAAAUAACUCCACAGGUAACUCCAUGGAGGAAGGUUCAGUAACCUAGCAACCGGCUAUAUUUUUAUUGUAAAUUUUGAACAUUUUUUACAGUUUCAUAGAUGCCGUUUUAAUCUGUGCAGUUGCUAUGUGAUUAGUCAAUACUCUAAGGAUGUCGCCCGUGGUGCCUCUUUCAUCCCUAGUUUAAUUGUAGCAAUGGCGUCAAGUAGCCUCCUCCUCAGCAGUCAGAUGAAAUAAAAACUAUUAAAUUCCAUGAAAUGUAUUCUCAGCCUCCUUUAUAACUCUUCACUUUCGGUUGUUAGGCAAAUUUGUAUUUAUUUUGUUGUUGUUUUUUUUCUUAAAAAUAUUUUGUUAAUUUUUUAGAAAAAGAUUUUUUAUAUUGUACAUUAUGGUAGAAAAUGAACAAAAAAAAAUUAU